UCCGCGCGGGGAGGGGCCGGGCCGGGCCGCGCCGCCCACGGGGCAGCGGGACGCGCAGCUUCUCUAAUUCCACUAUGAAGCAGCUGUCAGCAGAAACUGUUCGUCUGCUUUCGAGUUCUCAAGUGAUUACAUCAGUUGUCAACGUGGUGAAGGAGCUGAUAGAAAACUCCUUGGAUGCCUGUGCCACAACUAUUGACAUUAGACUGGAGAAUUAUGGGUUUGACAAAAUAGAAGUAAGAGACAAUGGCAAUGGCAUCAAGGUUGCUGAUGUUCCUGUUAUGGCAGUUAAACACUACACCUCAAAAAUAAACUCUUCUGAAGAUCUUGAAAGGUUGACAACAUAUGGUUUCCGCGGGGAAGCGCUGGGAUCCAUUUGUUGCGUAUCAGAGGUUUUGGUCACAACAAAGACAGCUGAUGAUGAUAUCAGCACUCAGUAUGUUUUGGAUAGUAAUGGGCAUGUAACUUCUCAAAAGCCUUCCCAUCUUGGCCAAGGUACAACGGUAACAGUCCUCAAGCUGUUUAAGAAUCUUCCUGUGAGAAAACAGUUUUACUCAACAAAUAAAAAAUGUAAGGAAGAACUGAAAAAAGUCCAGGACCUCCUGAUAGCAUAUGGCAUCAUAAAGCCAGAACUGAGAAUAACCUUUGUACAUAAUAAGGCAGCUAUUUGGCAGAAGAACAAGGUGUCAGAUCACAAAAUGGCCUGCAUGUCAGUUCUGGGAACAGCCGUUAUGGGCAGUAUGGUACCUUUUCAACACCGCUGCGAAGAUCCUGAGAUAAAUCUUUCUGGAUUUCUUCCAAAGGCUGAGUCAGACAGCUCUUUGACAAGUCUCUCAAGCUCAGAACGGAGUUUUAUUUUUAUAAAUGAUCGUCCAGUUCAUCAGAAGGAAAUAUUAAAGUUAAUUCGACAGUACUACAGUGUGCUGAUGCAAAAGGACAGCACGCGCUUAUACCCUGUGUUCUUUCUGAAUAUUACUGUACCUGCCUCUGCUGUGGAUGUGAACUUAACACCUGAUAAAACUGAAGUUCUGCUGCAGUAUAAGGACUGUGUCUUAUCUGCUGUUGAAAAUGUGCUGAAAUCUUUGUAUGGGCCACUACCUACUGCAGCCUCUGGUGAAGCUAAUAAAACAGAUGUUACCUCAGAAGACACGUGUGUUCAUAAUGCUGGACAAACAGAUGUGGUUGUUAAUGAAAAGGAACCAUGUGGAAACAAUGAUCUACAUGCUCAUACUUCAUUCCUUUCAUUCAGCAGUGAUGUGCAAAGUUGUCAAGCAGGAAAAAACACGGAGAUCUGUUUAAACCAUCAGAUAUUCUCUGAUACUGUACAUAGUCGCCUAGAAAGAAAAGAGGCUUCUGAGAAUGAUGCCUUUCAAGAGGGUUCCUUACGUUUAUUGUGUGAGGAGGAGCAGAGCAGACAAAACACAGCUGGUAUUUCAAGUAACAGUGCUCCUAUAGAUCCUGGGUCUAAAAAAGAUGGUGGACACCUUUUGAGUUCUGAUAAAGUUGAAGAAGCCUUAGUCCCUGAAGACUUACCUGAAAUCUCUGCUGAUAAUUGGAGUAUGGGAAAUGCAUUUAAAAACUCCUCAGGAGACAACCUGGAACCUGUUAAGGUUUUAAUUCCUGAAGCUGGAGGAGCAAUUAAUAAGCAAAGUGAGCGCAGUGAUGAACAAAGCCACGAUCCACAAAUCCCAAAUCAAACUGUAAAGAAAAGAAAUGUAAUAGAUGAGAAAACAGGACAAGUAACGGGUUAUGACUUAAUUCAUGGCCGAACAAUAAGGAAAUCAAAGUCUGCAUUUGAACACUUCAUCCAAGAAUAUCGUUCAAAGUUAUUUUCUGAAAAUCCGAGGUGUAGCAUGAAGGACAUCCUAUUGAAAAUUGAAGAGCUGUGGAAGAAUUUAAAUGAAGAAGAAAAGCACAAGUAUGAAAUAAAAGCUGCUAGAGACCUGGAGCGGUACAACAGAGAGGCUAGCAAAGCCAUGCAGGAAAAAGCAAACAGACCUGUAAAGGAGACAGAAAAACAGAAGCCCAGGCUGAAGACUCCUCCACCCAACCAGCAGAAACUUGACAAAAUGUUGCAUUUUCGAACUGAUAAGAAACCCAAGUGUAAUCAGCCUGUGAAAGUUGUUACGGUGCCUUUUUCUCUGAGUUCCUGUAGACCUCAGUUUCAGAGGCACGAGAAGAGUGAUUCAGAUGGACACGAGCUUUGCCUGAUCCGUUGCCAGAGUCUUCCUGAUAUCUGGAUACUUGCUACUGAAAAAAAGCUAAUGUUGCUGAAUCCAUAUAGAUUGGAAGAAGCCCUGCUGCGUAAAAGAUUGCUGAUGAACCAUAUCCUUCCAGUAGAGAAACUGGACAAGCCAGUUGUGUUAUCAGACAGUCUUCUUGGGGAAUCUCACUAUAUGGAUGCUCUUCAUAAAAUGCAGAAGGAUUACCAGACACUAAAUGGAUCAAGUUAUUUGUCAGACCCAAGGCUUGUAGCAAAUGGCUUUCAGAUAAAAGUGAUAGAAGGUGCUUCAGCUACAGAAAGCCAUAUGGAAAUAGAAGGAAUGGCUAAUUGCCUGUCCUAUUAUGGUGUUUCUGAUUUGAAAGAAAUUCUGAAUGCAGUAGUUAAUAAAAAUGCAAAGGAAGUAUAUGAAUGCAGACCUCUCAAAGUGAUAAACUACUUGGAGGGAGAAGCAGUGCGUUUAGCUCGGCAGCUGCCCUUACAUUUGUCAAAAGAAGAUGUAGAAAACACAAUUUACAGGAUGAAGCAACAGCUUGGAAGGGAAAAUAAAGGCUGUGUUCAUGGUCGUCCUUUUUUUCAUCACUUAACAGAUAUUCCAGAAGUUAACAAGCCAUAACUCCAAGGAAAUUAUUCAGUAAAUGGAACAUUUUGUUUGGGAUCAGAUUUCUCUUGCUUAAUUUUGAUCGUUAUUCUGUAACCUCAGCACGUUUUGUGUAAAGCUUUUGUAUUGUUACUUUUCAUUAUCAAAGUUCACCUUCUUGAUAUUUUUUUUAAUUUAAAUUCAAAUGCUACUUGAGAAAUGGAAAUAAAUUAACAUUGUAGAGAAAAGCUCCACUAUUUUUAAAAAGAAUUUAUUAAAGAAAUAUUCUCAACUACUUUGAUGCUUUUCUCACUACUGCAGAUUUAGAAAAUAUCAGUAUGUCAAAAUGUUUUAGAUAUGGUUAUAAGCUGCUCUCCACAGAGCGUGGCAAAAUUUAUUGCACUAUGACAAGUUAUGUUAAUUUUUAAAGGAAGCCAGAUAGCAGUAAGUUAUUUAAGCAUUUAAAUAUGGCCCUACCAUAUAUGGUUGUUAUUGGCACAUAUUUAUGUUGUUGGAUUUCUAUCUGUAAACUGUUAAAUUUUGUGAAGUCCUAGAGUUCAAUCUCUGGAAAGCUUUUCUAUUAACUGUGCAAAUCACUCCAAUUAUUUCUAACCUUCAGGUGCAAAGUUGUGAUUCUUAAAAGUUCAGUACAAUGCUAAAACUUAAGAUUAAUGAAAACCAGCUUAGUAUUUAAAAGAUGAAUGGAUCAGAGUCAUGAGAGUACAGGUUAGCACUGGAAGCAGAUGUCAACACACCUGCAAUAGUGCAGUGCUAUACUUGAACCAUUUGCCAUUUGGAAGCAGACAGUCCUCAGUCGAAAAGAGCAUGGCAUAAUUAAGGAGAAAUCUGCUAUAUAAAGAGCUGCUGAUGGUGGUAAACUUGUUCAUUUUGUUUCUACCAUAAUUUACUAGAUUAUGCCUUCUGUGCAACACAUCUCUGGAAGCGUAUGUUUAAAAGUUUCAAACAAGAUGACCUGUAAAUUUGUGUAUGUCCCUAAUUGUUUUGUCACAGCACAUUUCAGUACUCUGUAAGUAUGGGAGUUAGCCUAACUUUGCAGUGUUUCUGUGGCUGCUAGGUAAGUGGUUAAAAGGUUGCUGAAAAGCCUGAAUCUAAGCUGCUUUGUGGGCAAGAAUAUCAGAGUAUCAAGGAAAUGCAUAGUGUGAAAAUGCAGAUUAUUGAUAUACUGCUCUGUACCAAACAGCAAUGAGCUAAUGAACGAUGCAACAGCAAGUAGUAUUUAUUACCUCUCCUGAUACGUGGAAGGAUAGUGCAGCAGCAAAAGUGCAGCAAACAAGGUACUCCCUUCCUCUUUCCUUGAGCACAAGGAAUAUGUGAGUUCCUCUUCUGCUGUUCCCUACCUCUCGUGCACCUGUCAUAUGUCAGACUGAGAACAGCUGAAAUACUAGGCAGUGAGAGCCUUCAAGAGUAGUAAUGAAGUGUCAAGGGGGAAGCAGUAGUCUCUUUCUGGAGAAGGUUUGAUAUCUGCUGUUACUCUGAGGGAGUCCUAAGACAUAGCUGUGAAUAUCCUGGCCAUGAGAGACAUGCAGAAGGCAAGGGGUUGAUGUGCUUGACUGAAAAACCAGCAAGAGGAUCAUGCAUCCAAAGGCUGGGUGAUCAAGCAGCUAACACCUUUCUUUUGGAUUGGCAUUAUGUUUCCCAGCUGUGAAAGAUCUUAACAGGUUUUGGUGUGUUGGGAUGACUUUAAAGAGAGUGUUAGGAGCCUCAUCAGAGGCCUAGCAGUACACUGCAGAACUGGUUAUAUACUCACACUGACGGCAAACCCCGUGGGCAGGAAGGAGUCAUUGGAGAAGGAGGGGUCAGCAGCACAGGGACAGGGGGAGGAGAACAGAGCGGGGAACAAGAGAGUGCACAAGCAAGGUAUCUUAAUUUGUAAUGAGAGCAUGAGUGGAAAACUAGGUUCACAUUGUCUGUAAAUGACACUCACUGCAGAAGAUGUGAAUUUUCAGAGUGAAAGCAAGGAGGGGUAUGGAGGCACAGGAAUGAGAUGUGACUUUGGGCUCUGAGGGGAAAACAUGAUCCUGGUGUGGCAGUGGAUGUGGGAGGUUAUGGUUUGUUUUUACUCUUGUUUGGAUCAGUUGAAAGAGCAGCCCUAGCCAUGAGAAAUGCCAAAGUCAAUACGGAGAAUGGAUCACUAAGUGAAGAAAUUAAAUGACUGCAUGCUCUGAUUUUAAUUGGUUAGGACGAGUAGUUAGUUGUAUGUGUGUUAAUCUCAGUAAGUGCUACGUGUGUGUGUAUGUAUGUGUGUAUAUAUAUAUAAAUCUCAGUUAGCCUAUGUAGCAGUUCCUGAGUUUAACGGUUGUUCACUCAAAGGUACACAGGUGAGGUGGGUGGUAAAUUGAUACAGCCAGCAUCUGCACAGGUGCCGAGCUGGGCUCAGUUGCCAUGGCAACAAAUGAGCAGCAGGCAUUUCUGUGGGGCAGGUGUGCUUCCCUCCUGCCUUCCUGCCCAGGCUGGUUGUUCUGUGCUCCGGAGGUACCUCGAGAUAUCUCCUUCAGGUAGGUGAGCGCAGAGUUCUUUCGGUCUCAGUUGAGACUUCUUUUAGUCUUUGUGAGGUGCUGGGGGCUGGCAGCGAGUGCUGCAGGACGGCGCUGUGGGGACGAGGCUGUACCUCACCUCAGCAAUGGCGGCUGCCUGUGAGUUGAAACGGGGAGUUGUUCUGAUGCUGUGCUGAGGGGAACUUGGUGAUGGUUGUAGAUAGUUUUGGGGAAGCCAGGCAGUGUUUUUGGUGCAGUGGUUCUUGCACUGAAAUGCCUAUCAGCUUUGAUCCUUGUCUGCUGUCUCUCAGCCCUCGGGUGACAUGAGAGAGUCUCCUCAGAGCACCGGGGAUAUCGGCGGGCAGCAGCCCUGAACUGUGCUCCCUAUCGGGAGGGAAAAACAAACGCUGGAGAGGUGCAACACCGUGUAAAAGCUCGGUUGCUAGUAGGCUCUCCCCUUAAAGGACGAGCUGGAGCAGGACGGGUUGCAGUGAAGCAGGCAGGGAGCCUCAGACCUGCCCCUCUCCACCGCCAAUGGCUGGCUGUGGGCAUCUCAGGGGAGUUCCAGUAUUUGCACUGCCCUCUGCUGGCAUUCGAUUCUUGUGUAGAUCUGCCUGACAAAGUGGUCAACUGGCAGCUCCGGGCUGGUGACGAGGGAGCACCGUGCUCUCCUUGCAAUCAGCGGUGUGCCAAUGUGUUCCCAUGUGGGAAACUGCUCAUGGAGGGCUCUUCUCCCCUUCCCCAGAUAAGCCUAGUGCAGGUAGCAGCAUUUCCUGUCCAGUAACGUAGGCCUUUCCAUACUAAGGCUUUUUUGUUUCUUUGGUUUUUUAACCUUCUGGCUCUCUGUAUCUUUCCUCUUUUCUCAGAAGGAUCGCGUGUAUGGUGUUUUUUGGCCGGCUGUGCUGGUGCACUUCCAGCUCGAGUGUCCACCUCCCCCAAAUUCUGAGAAGUUCUGUCUUAAUAUGGAGCCUCUGAACAAUAACUUUCUUUUUAAAUACAGAAGAAUCUUACCGAAGGAAGAUAAAUUUGUCCUGCUUGUAAAUAUAAGCACACAAAAAUACCUUCUACUUGUUUCUUUUCUAAAUGUAUUGAGAGUUCUAAUAAUGAAGUUUGUUUCCUGUUGGUUAAGAAGUGUGUAUGUGAAGGGAUUGGAUUAUUUCCAUGGAUAUAUAUUUCUAUUCUUUCAGUAUGAGCAGUGCCAGUUCAGAGAAUAAUUGCAAAACCAGGGGGAUGGUGACUUAUUUGAGGAGCCCUUAGUCAAUAAUUGUUAGCAAAUUCUAUGGUGCGUGUUGUUAAAAUGGGCUCUUCUAUAUUUCAGUAUGGAUUACUGAAAGUGUCUAGCAAUGGAACCAAUACCUUCAAACAAUGUUCUGAUUGCACAACUGAUAAUUCUUCAGUUGCAGGGUUUUCAUGCGUUUUCUAGUGGUUUUUUGUUGUUGUUGUUUUUCUAAUUUCCUUACAAAUGUACUAGUAUUACUUUCAUGGAAGUAAGCAUCAAGGACAACAGGGUUUUUUGUUGUUGGUUGGUGGUUUUUUUUGUUGUGGUUUUUUUUUUUUUUUUUUUUUUUUGAAAGAUUUGCUAAUAUUUGGUCUUCAGAACUUGUUGUAUCUUUUGUAAUCUGGCCUGGUUUCUGGUUGAUUGGGUUUCUGUGUGCAUGUUUCUUAGACAAAUCUACAGCUUUGCAUUUGUUGUUUGUCAUUGGUGGUGUUUUUGUUGCUUUUUUUUAUUAUUAUUUUUUUGCUACAAUAGUAAUAUUGAAGAGUUUAAAAAUCUGUUUCUUUUAUAUUCAGUAUUCAGCAGACUGGGUUAAGAUUUAUGUUAAGCUUAAGGGAUGUUCAUUUAAUUUUUCAAAUGGAAACCUACCAGAAGUGGCUUUUAUUUUCUCUCUCUCCUCCUCCUUAAGCACAGAGUAUCAUAUCUAAAAUUAUGAAGAGUAUAAAUGUGGAAAUGUUAAAUCUUUUGUUAAUGGCUUCGAAUUAAGCACACAUUGUUGCAGAUGAUUUGGAGGACUUAUUUAAAGUAAAUAUACAAUUUCAAGCUCAAUUAUCAUUCAUAGUUUAACUACGCAUAGUGAGGUAUUAGGUCUGUGAAUUUGAUACAGUGUUACUUCAUAAUUACGAUGCUUUUUUUACAGUAAAUUUGAUAUAGAACAGUUGCUAAAGGAAAGCUGCUGAAUAGUGUGACCAAACAUUUUAUGGAACACAUCUGGUGAAUUAGUUCAGGAUGUGCCCUGCAUAAGAACAGAGCCUUUUGCACAAAACGAGAAGGAAGCUAACUCCACAUGUAUAUGUUUGGCGGACAUGAGAAGAGUUUAAACAAUUACUAGUUAAUUGUGUAAGCUAAUAGGAGGGGUGCUCGUAAUGUCAUUUCAAAAUAGCUCCAGAGGAAAUAGAUGAGAAUUAUUGUUUUAAAAUCUCAAAUGAAUGGUUUACACCUGUUAAUGUUACAUUUAGAACAGCUGUUUCUUUUAUUAUCAGUAAACAGAUGCAGAAAGUAAUGGAAUGUUUUAAAGCAAUAUGUUAAUCCUGUCCCCCACUACUGAACAUUCUCACAAUCUCGUGAUUAAAUAUUAACUGUAGUAGUGCUGUCAUCUGCAGCUACAGAAUUCUCAGGGGUUUGUUUAUCAUCUACGUAUCUGACAUUGUAAAUGUUUAUCCAAUGGCACUGUAGUUUUUAUCAAUUGAUGACAUGUCCUUUUGCACAUCAGUAAUUUUACUGACAAUUCUGUUGGAAUUACUCAGCCAAAACGGCCCUGAACUUUGAGUUUUUCAAUACUUAUUUCUUCCUUGGUAAUUACACCCUCCAUUGCUGCUUGGCAUCGUGGGUAAAGCUUUGCCAGAGCAGACUCUGUUAGAUCCAGCACUUCACAUCACUGCACGUUGGGGCAGCACUCAUAAGGUGGUACAAAUGAGGCUUUUAGGUAGCUCAUGGGAAUUUUUGUUCUGUGUGAAAAUAGCUUCAACCCAAGCUUAUUUUCUGUAUGCCUUGAGACAGAUGUGUCAUGUAAGUACAGAACAGCUAUGAUUCUGAUGGCUUAUGGGAAAAAAUGACUCGCAAAUGUGGACACCACGUGUAGCUAAAGCAAGUAUUUAAAAGUCAGCUCCGAAAUUGACCUGAGAUUGUGCAGAAAUGGGUACUUGCCACUCACCUCCUCAGAGUUGAUAGUUCCUCGAAUGAAAAUGUGCUCGUCUUGAAGUUAUGGUAUCUGUGAAUGUGACACAUUUUGGGAAAACAACAUUUCAGUGAAAUCACGUGAAAUUGUGGAGCUUUACUAACUCAGCACUCCAAGAACGGAAGCACAGAAGAUUAAUGCUCUAUAACUUGUUUGGCAGAUUAGCUUUCAGGAAACGUAAAGACCAAUGAAUAUGGCAGCUGCAUUAUUAAAAUACUGUAUUCAAACUCAGGUCAAUUUGUUCAUUCAUGCAUGGAGUAACUCGGCAGUAAUUGGAUCAUAACAUUUUUGUUGUUUUAAAUAACCGGUAUUUCAUGUCUCUGCACUUACAGUGCCUGUUCAAAUUAGAAUAUUGGCACAAGGAGCAACCAUUUUGCUAGAGGUGAUUUUAUAGGAGUGCUCACUUCUCAGGUUGUCCAGUGAGAAAAUGACAUUGGUAGAAGUACAGUUUGCACUCAUUUUUGGAGGAUUGUAAAGAUGCCGAGUCUUAAAAUGAUUUGAGUGGAUAUAAAAUAACAAAGAUGUUGUGUCUUUCCCUGUACUUAUUAGCCCGGUACUGUUUCCACAAGGUGAAUGAGUGGUCUUAACAAGAGAUGAGAGAAUUUGUCUCGAUUAAAUAAUAGGAGGAACUCUCUCAUAUUCAUUCAGUAGAUUUAGAAGAAGUCCUGUCAUCUAACUUCUGGAGAAAGUAAAGGAAAAUCCUUCUGGAAAUAAUUUGGGUUUAUUUCAUAUAAAGUAGUUGUUGAAAGGCAAAUGGUUUCAGCUGUGAGGAGUGAUUCUUGUCAAACUUUGGGCCAGAACUGACUAGUUAUAAAUAGAUUCUUUCAAAGCAAUGUGCUAUGGGAUUUCUGUUCUUCUUCACUUAAAACAAACAGAGUUUGACUCUUACUUAGUUAAAACUUCUGUUCCCUGGCAGUGUAGGUAUGUAUAAAUUAGUAUAAGAACCUGUUUGUAGUUACUCAGAUGUGUGAAACUAGUUCUAGAAAAUGUUCCCUCUUCAGAGGGAUUCAGUUACUUCUCCCCCAAGGUAGCAUCCUGCUUCACACAGCAUUGCUGCCAUUAUUGCUUCUGAAGCUUUGCAUUUGAAAACUAUUUGCUUGUGAUCUGUUGCCACUUAAGAGAGCUGUAACUCUGCUGUUUGCUGCAACCUCUGAGCAUGUGAAAACACUGCCAGCUCCUUCAGAGAGUAUGGAUUUGAGCUGACAUCUGCUAGUAAGUGUGAUUUUUGCGUCGACUAUGAGAGAGCAGUAAGGUGGACUCCAUCCUUUCAGAACUGCAACCUUUUGUACUGUUAGCAAGCUUUACUGUAGAUGUACAUGUGUAGAUGUGAUAUUAAGGACCACGGUUUAGGGGGCAAUAUUGGUGGUAGGUGGGCGCUUGGGUGAGAUGAUGUUACAGAUCUUUUCCACCUUCAUGAUUCUAUACGCUGAAAAGUGCACCGACUGCUGUUAGGUUAUGGAAGUUCCUACACAACACCAUCAGCAGCUUGAGCUGGAUGCAGAGUUGUGGUGGGGGAACAGGAAACGCAGUUCUUGCAGCUAAGCUUCUGCUUUUAGGUUUUUGGCGUAAUUGGUCUGAACGUAAUGGCUAAUGGUUGGCUGUGCUUAACUCUCACCUAAUUAGGAGCUCUUUGUAGAAUCCUGUGGGCUGAAGUUUUAGAACAAAUGGUACCAAGAGUCACCAAAACUGUGCAGUCUUUUGUUAAACUGGUGCGCGCUGCUCCUUCUGCAUUUACCUGGAUGCUGUAUAGCAAGAAAGUGUUGUGCUGACUCCUUAAAUCAUGCUAAGCAAUCAUAGUCUCGAGCACUGGCAGGUUUUUAGUUUAUUGGCAAGCCUGUGUGAAUUAAAACUAAAAUUCUGAACGAAGACUUGUAAGGUACAGUGUAUUGCAAUAAUAACUGUCUUAGUAGUUUUCUUAACCUUGUCAGCCUGAGUCUUUAACUUAAAAAUUUGCAACAAGUAUUUUGGCACAGGGCAGUUUGUUGUAAGGAGCGUUUAAUGGCUUGUUAUGUCCUAUUUCUAUAAACAGAAGUCAUUUAGAGUUCAGCAGAUAUAUUUAGAAUCAGCAUUUGUGCUGGUAGUUACAAGCUGAAUAAAAUUAUCUCUGAAAAUCUCAAUAUGCAGAAGGGAACAGACCAGUUCAAAUUUAUCUCACAGCAAACUCUUUCAGGAGGUUUUGAUGCCCGCUGUCAUUAACCUUCAAAUUUAGGAAAUAGAUUUUAAACUACUUAUUAAAAAGAUUAAGUUAAAUGAUAACAAGUGUUGUGUGCAGGCACUGCUAGUUUAGGAGAAAGUUAUGAUUAUGGCCGUCCAACAGUCUGGCCUUGCUCACUUGAUCCUAGCAAAAUACCUUGAUCUUCAUAGGGGCUGUCUCUGUGAAGGAGUGCAGUGUAGAGUGUGGUGGCACCUGGGGAGGUGGGCCUUGGGCUGCUUUGGAUCAGAAAUUAUUAAAAGGACUUUGCACAGAGUGGUUUGUAACCUAACUUUGCAGUUUGUUGACUUCUAGUUACGUGCAAUGUCUGGGAAACGUUUGCCAACUCUGCUUGCAAUAGGAGUUUUAUGGCAAAUAGUAAAUUAAAACCAUAGUGACCUUUUGGUCUUGCUGACCAUGUGCAUAAAGAUGUCUGUCGUUGUAAUCCCAGCAACGAGGUGCUGGCUCAGAGGACAGCAGGGAUGAGCGAUGUUCUUGUACAUUUGUUCUCCUGUGUUUUUAUAGGGAAAAUUCUGCAAUUAGAAUGUUUGUAAUAGCACUCAGAUGAAGGGGUUUUGUCAUAUUUUGUGUUGGAAAAGGUAGUUGUUCUUUUGUCUAGAAAACAAGAUUCAUUUAGUCGUCCAAACAGACAUUGGUGUCUAUUGGUUGAAAUCUUAAUUGAUAAUUCUUCCAUGGUUACUUGCUCUGGCUCCUCUGGUGGGAAGCCUGAUAAUUUGUAGGUGCGAGGUAUAACUCGGAUAAAGAUUCUGCUGGACAUUCAACUGAGGAGUUUGAAAACAUCAAAUUCAAGGUAUGUGCUGCACUGAAGUGCUUCUUCCCUCCUGUAUUUUAGCACAGUUGGAGCUGUUCUUAUGCUGAAGUUUGGACAUCUUGUACGUAAGAAAGAAUAUGUCACCUGGUUGAGUGGCUCCCAAGUAACCAACCUGACAGAAGGAGCAUCCUGCAGGGAUGGUUCAGUAAAUAGCUAGGAAUUAAGCUCUAUGUAGUUGUGCCUCAGCAGGCCGUGUUUCUGAUUUUACCUUGGUUGAGUUCUGAUCACUGCAGUUUUUGUAGAAAGUUAUUACUUAAGAGGGAGCAAGUAGGUACUUGUAGAGAUUCUGAAAUUGUACCUGAUGGCUUUCAGUGCUGCUCACCCCCGCGUCUGCACCAUGGCGCUGUGUACAUGGGUGGGAGCAGCACUGCACCCGUUUGCCCCAUCAGGAAGCCAACACGUGGAGCCCAGAUCUGACCCAGUGCUGGCAGACCUGGCAAUGGGACCUUGUGUGCAGCCUGCUUCCCUGCUUCAACUGCAGGGGAAGCCUGCUUGCUGCAGAAAGCGAUACUCUGGUACCGAGUGAUAUAUAUGGCGUGCAACACAAAAGAUUUCCUGUUUUCAGUUUAUAUUACAUGACCUGUGGGCUAACUGAAGAAAACAUCACUGAGAAAAUGCUACAUCUACAUAUACAAGUGUUCCUAUUGAUACGUUAUUUUUCUAAGAUUUUGCUGAGUAAAGCUAUUUCCACACAUAAGCAUUUUGGCCAUCUGCAACUGCUCGUCAGUGAGCCUGGUUUGAGAACACUGGUUGUAAUUGUAACCUCAGGAAUGUGUGACCAGCUCGCGGCCAGCUGUGCAUGCCCUGACUUUUCCCAGGUGUUAAGAUCAUGGCCACUUUUGUUCACUCUAAUCAAUGGGGCAAAAUACAUUCCCUGUUCUGUCCCACCUUCUACUAAACCCGAGAAGUGUUAUUUUGUGUGGUUUUGUUUGAGAUGUCAUUACAAAUAAGUAGACGAAGGUGUCCAUGUUGUUUCAUUAUUGUACAUACGUGUCAUAGUGUGCAGAGUCUGUAUGGUGGUAUAUAUUUAGAGAAUUUUAAAGUGCUCCUCAGUGUGCCGUGGUCUUGCUAUGAAUUAGCAGUGCUGACCCUGCAAAUUACAAAAGUGGGUUUUUUUUUUUUUGAAGCCAUUUACUUACAUUUCAACAGCAUGUAUAUUUCUGCAGUUUAUCUGGACGGGGUCAGCAGCAACAUGUUCUAAUCAUUUUUAUUUUAAUCAUCCGUUUAAUGAUUGUGGGAACAAUUACUAGUCUUCUGCUUGGCAGCCUAACUGGAAGCCCUCCCUAAAUCCAAGCUGGAGGUAUCUUCACAUGGUUUUUAGUUUUAUUUUCUGUGCCUAAGAAGUGUUAUCUAACCCUGUAGCACUUUCCAUGAAUAGUAUUUGGUGCAUUUAAUGUGAGGGAUGAAUAUAGCUUACGAAUAAGCAGUACGUGUGAGUACGGGUAUCCUUUCAGAUGCUGUGGAGAGGGAGGGCACUUGGAGUAAUCACAAAUGGAAAUGGGCUCAUUGGCCCUUAGCACUCUUUUUAGUCAAGUAAAAUGUUAAGCAUGAGAUUAAUCGAUGGAUGUGACCAUUUGCAGAUAUAAAGAAAUAAAUCUUCCUCAAAUCACUAUGGAUGGCAAAAAAAAAAAAAACAA